AUGGCGCUCGGUGAUGCCAGAAGGGUGAGGGGUGUUCGGUCGGCGGGGGGGAGGGGUCGUCUAGACAGGCCGCAGACGCACGGAGGCUGCGCUGCGUCUGGUCUGCACGCACACAAGCCUACAGAGCUUCGGCCGAUUUCACUUCAACACAGAAUUAUUUGUUCGGGUGCGGUCGUACGGCGUCGGGAAGAUCGCCACAGUUGCCGUGUGGCCGCGCGCGCGCUCCCGCGUCGCGUCCCAUCCACCGCGCCGGCGCAUGCGUAUCUCUCUGAGCUAGCGCGGAUAAGAGUGAGCUGCACGUCUUCACGGUGUGCGUAUUUCGGUCGCGAGGAGGCCCCGGGCCGCGUAGGGCGCGCUGCCCGCGCGCUGGCCGCCGUGCUCUGGUGGUGGUGCGUGGCGCUGCUGCGGCUGGUCGCGCUCUGCGCGCCUCCCCCCGGCCCGUCCGGCGUCGGCGCGCCGCCGCCGUCUCCCGCCCGCGCCGCGGAAGAUGCGCCCGAGGCGCCCGCCUGCUCGGCUUGCGCGAGCGCGCCUACCAACACCACCGGAACUACAACACCGCUGCCGCCGCCGGCCAAUACACCUGUACACACCGGGUGGUGGUGGGCGGGCGCAUGCGUUGGCGGCGCGGUGCUGCUGUGCGCCGCGGGCGCGCUGGCCCGGCCGCACCUGCGCCGCCGCCACACAGCCGCCACAUCUACCGCAACCAACCCCAUGCUCUCGGUACAAGUACCGGGGUGCGCGGGAAUGGAGCGGCUGGGCGCGCCGGGGGGACCGCGCCUACGGCACGAACACAGGCAUCAUCAUUCCUCAUUGGAAUGGGAGAAACAACAAAGGCUUCAGGCGAUGGUUGGCCGUCUGCAAGAGAUGGUCGAGCAGGAGACGCGAGCGCGGUCGGCAGCAGCGGCGGAGAGGCUCGGCCUGCCGCCCAGCAUACAGCUGCCGGACGGCGAGUACGGCCAGGACGCGCACCUGCAAUUACGAGUCCCUUAUCAGCAAGCCGAGCUGACGAGAAGCAGCUUUCAACCUCCGCCGAACAAAUGCGUAAGCGACGUGCCCGAAUGGGCAGGCGCGGUGGACGCGCCGAGCGCGCGACGCGGCGGAGGCGCGGGCGGGGGCGCGGGCGCGGGCGGCAAGAAGGACGGGCUGCUGCAGAAGGCGACGCGGUGGUGGGUGCGCAUGGGCGCGCGGCCGCCGCCCGCCUUCCUGCCGGCCGCCGCGCCGCCGCCCUGCGUGAUGGUGCCGCGCCGCGCCGCGCCCUCGCCGCCGCCCGACGCGUGACGUCGCCGCGCCUCCGCAUCUCUCUACCAUAUCACGCUUACAUUCCAUUAUCGGGACGAUCAGACUCGCCGGUGUGCCCGCGCGUCCCGGAGUAUUAUAGACUUGAUAAUUUAUUUAUUUGGGACUCGAGCCCCGAGCGG